UAAUUUGCGUCGUUUCCUUUUCACAGUCAACACGUAAUAAUUACCUACUGGAAAUGUAAUUGUCAGACCAGAACUCUCUUCGGCGUAAGCAGGUCGCCACAGUCUAAACUAUGGCGUCUUUAUUCCCUUUUCUCGCCAUCUUCUUGAUCCCUCUGGUCAGUGGAAGUCAUCUUACCAACAGGGUUUUCAAAUGGACAAUUACCGAACCUGUUGGAUAUGUGUCUGUGGGAAGGCGCCUUGAAGGUCACUGGUUCUACCAGACGUACAAGAAAGAUGUUUCUCUGUGCGCCUACCAGUGUCUCCGCAAGCCGGAAUGUCUUUCCUUCAACUACGAAAGCGACAGUGGCAAGUGCAUCCUAAAUAGGAAGAACCAUCAGACUGUCGCCUUGAUUAACGCCCCCUCCAACUACGUGAGCUACCAUGCGCGAGAAGAGUACAGCAUUGACCGUGAAGCGUUAGGGCCUUGUGCCGAUGAUGUCUGCCACAGCCACGGACGUUGUUUGGAGACCAAGACGACUGACGACCAACUCGUGGCAAUCUGUGUGUGCAACAAGGGAUGGGGUGGACCCGACUGCAACGCGGAAGAACUACAGCCACAGUGGGGUACGUGGCAGGACUGGGAUGACUGCUCCGUCACGUGUGACCAGGGCUGGCGCAUGCGCAGAAGGAACUGUGAGGAUGGCAGCUCUGGCCAAACAUUGAGCCCCCUAAAGUGCUAUGGCCGUGACAUUGAGUAUGGGUCAUGUCAACUACAAGCUUGUCCGCGAUGGGAUUCCUGGGGUGUGUGGGGUACGUGCAGCACCUACCAGACUUGUGGUCGAGGCUACAAGGUACGCAACAGAACCUGCAACAAUGGAGGAACGCCCGGCGUCGACCGCUACUGUCUGGGUCCUACUAAUGAAACAACUGUCUGCUAUAGCAUGGACUGCCAAAGUCCAGUACGCCUGCGUGGGGGGUCAGCCCAUGGGGAGGGCCGUGUGGAAAUCUUCAAUGACGAAGCUCGACAGUGGGGCAUGAUCUGUGGCAACCAGUGGACACAAACAAUGGCAGACCUGGUGUGCAAACAUCUUGGAAUGCCUGGAGCUCAUAUGGCUACCCAGAACAGCCAGUUCGGCAUUGGAGACUUGAUGUAUGGGGUCACCAGCCUUGCCUGCCAGGGAUUGGAGCAGACAGUACAGAUGUGUGAGAGGAACCCCUGGUCCCUCACGCCGUCUUGUCCGGCCGCGACACAACCAGCAGGGGUCAUGUGUAGAGUCAAUGGAGUGUGGUCCCUGUGGGGUGAAUGGGGAGACUGUUCUGUGUCUUGCGAAACCGGUAUCCAACAGCGCACGCGCAGUUGUAACCAUCCCCCUGCAUUGCAUGGCGGGAAAGACUGCGAAGGCGAGACGGUUCAGACGAAGUCGUGCACUCUAGACAUGUGCCCAGUGGACGGUGUGUGGAAGACCUGGGCUGCUUGGUCGGAGUGUUCCACGUCGUGUGGUAAGGGGUCGCAGUGGAGGCAGAGGACGUGCGAGGGGCCGUUCUAUCAUGGGCAGGAGUGUCAGGGAGAAAGGCGACAAACCCAGGAGUGUCAGGUCAGGGAGUGCCCAGUGGACGGCGUUUGGAACGGAUGGGAGACAUGGGGUGACUGCUCUAUCAUCUGUGGGGGCGGGAUGCGAUCUCGGACACGCACCUGUCAAGGCCCCUUCUUUCUGGGGGCCCCGUGCCCUGGGGAAGGCGGUCACACAGAGGAAUGCAACACAUUCGAGUGCCCAGUGGAUGGUUCUUGGCUGCCGUGGCAUGAUUGGCGGGAUUGCAGUGUCACGUGCGGUGGAGGUCAACAAAUCAGAAAACGGGACUGUCUCAAGCCUAAAUUUGGCGGGAGUAACUGUGAAGGAGAGAGUCAGCAGACGAGACAAUGUAGUACACAGGAAUGCCCAGUUGAUGCUUCCUGGUUGACAUGGGGACAAUGGGGAGAAUGCAAUGAGACCUGUGGCGGGGGCAAUCAGCGGCGCAUGCGCAUUUGUCAAGAAGGUUUGAAUGGCGGUCGCAACUGUAGUGGUCCAGCGGAAGACUUUCAGACUUGCAACACACAUGCGUGCCCAGUGGAUGGCGUGUGGCGAGAAUGGAACGAGUGGUCCGCAUGCUCACACAGGUGUGAUACUGGCACACAGACACGCAAUCGCACGUGUGACGGGCCGUAUUACGGCGGAAGCGACUGUGUGGGGUCGGGAUCGGACGUGCGUAACUGUAACACCCAUACCUGUGCAGUUGAUGGAGUUUGGACAUCCUGGUCAAACUGGUCAGUUUGCCCAGUUACUUGUGGCGGAAGUACUUCUCUGAGAUCAAGGUCAUGCGAUGGCCCAUAUUUUGGUGGUAUAAACUGCAAUGGACUUUGGAGUGAAGGGCAACCUUGUGGAACAGAACCUUGCCCCAUUGAUGGCGUAUGGACUACAUGGUCAACCUGGGGCUUAUGCAAUGUCACUUGUGGAGGUGGAAGUCAGUCUCGCUCACGAAGUUGCAUUGAACCACAGUUCGGUGGUAAAGUCUGUGAAGGGGAUGGAGUACAGUUGAAGAGGUGCAAUGACAACCAAUGUCCAAUUGAUGGAGUAUUUCAAACAUGGGAGGAAUGGGGUGCUUGUAGUGUCACUUGCGGUGGAGGCCAAAAAAUGCGCAGCCGGAAGUGUACAGGUCCAUUUUAUGGAGGCGGAAACUGUACUGGACCAUGGGAGGACCGAACCACGUGCAGCAAUGCGCCAUGCCCGGUUGAUGGUACUUGGUUGUCCUGGGGCACGUUCUCAGAAUGUGACCUCACGUGCGGAGGUGGUAUACGAAGCCGCAGAAGAGAAUGUGACGGACCAUUCUUUGGUGGUGCAGACUGCAGUGGAAACAGGGAGGAACAGGAAGUAUGCAGUGAGCAAAAUUGUCCAGUUGAUGGCGAAUGGCAGAACUGGGAGAUAUGGGGAACCUGCAGCACUACGUGUGGCGGAGGAAUACAGUUGCGUCAGCGGGAAUGUAUGGGGCCUUUUUGGGAUGGUCAGGACUGUUCGGGAGACUCUAAAGAGUCCCGUGACUGCAACACCCAAAGCUGCCCGGAGGAUGGGUACUUCAACGAUUGGGCUCAAUGGAGUCUCUGUGACGUCACAUGCGGCGGAGGGAUACGCUGGAGAAAUAGAACGUGUAGUGGUCCGUUCUAUGGCGGUGCCGACUGUGAUGGUGCGCGGAACGAAAGCGAGGCUUGUAACGAUCACAACUGCCCAGUUGAUGGCAUCUUCAACGAUUGGUCUGACUGGGAUGCGUGCAGUGCCACUUGUGGUGGUGGUGAUAAAUUGCGUCAACGCACCUGCCACGGUCCAUUCUACGGCGGAAAAGAUUGCGUUGGUCCACGUGAAGACACUGCGCCGUGCAACCAACAUAACUGCCCCGUGGACGGGAUAUGGGCGGAAUGGGCUAAGUGGAGCACGUGCACGCUCACGUGCGGAGGGGGGCAGCAGUGGAGGUCACGGAACUGUAUCGGACCGUUUGAUGGUGGUAAAGAAUGCCCAGGGCCUCGCAAUGUCACUCAAGCUUGCAGCACCGAUCACUGUCCAAUUGAUGGCGUCUACGGUGAAUGGUCAUCAUGGGGCGCAUGCAGUGACACGUGUGGUGGAGGCACACAAGAUAGGACUAGGUCGUGCACCGCCCCCAAAUUUGGUGGUGUCGACUGCCAAGACCCUGCAGUUGACACCAUGGCCUGUAACACCAAUCACUGCCCUGUCGAUGGUGUCUGGCUGGACUGGAGCAAAUGGGGAGAGUGCAGUGCCACGUGCGGUGGAGGGUCAAUGAAACGUGUCCGCGUCUGUGACCCCCCAAAAUACGGAGGGGCUGACUGUGUGGGGGACACCGAGGAACUCGAGUCAUGUAACCCAAACUUGUGUCCAAUUCCUGGCGACUGGUUCACCUGGGAGCAAUGGUCCACGUGCUCUGUUACAUGCGGGGGCGGGACCAAAUCACGCUCACGAACAUGUGACAUGGCGUCACACGGCAACUUGACCUCUCCCUGUGAAGGACCAAAUGAGGAAACCAUUGACUGCCACACCUUUGCCUGCACACCCUUGGCUCGCACCUGCUCUGAAUGGGGUGUUCGGGGCUUGCUCUCAAACACCAUGGCGGAUAUCGACCCCGACGAGGCGGAGGGCCUUCUGGAGCCUACUCGUGUUUACUGCGACAUGACAUCACAAGAUGGAGCUGGCGUCACAGUCAUUGGCCACGACUCGGAGGAGGAGGAAGAAGUCGUGGGCUACGAAGGAGCUGGCGAGUAUGUUCUUGGACUUAACUACAACGUCACCCUCGACCACGCCAUCGCCAUCAUCGACGCCAGUGAGAACUGCCGUCAGUUUGUGCAAUGGAGGUGUAAGGCCGCUCUGAUUCACAACCCUAACGGGAACGGCAUCAUCACCACCGGCUGGCGCAACAGGACUGGCGGAAUUGCAGACUACUUCGGCGACGCCACACCCGGAAGUGGCAUGUGCACUUGUGGUAUGACACAGUCAUGCGCAGACCCGACCUUGGCAUGCAACUGCGACAUGAACGACGACGUCUGGAGAGAAGACUCCGGCUACCUGUCUUACAGGCCUGACCUUCCGGUUACCGAGUUCAUUGCAGGAGACACAGGUGGAAUGAACGAGGGAGGAUAUAAAACAAUCGGACCAUUGUUCUGUUGGGGCGUACUUACCUAGACUCCGGCUGUCAGUUUCCCAGCCAAUCAGCGAUCAGAAGACAAAGGAAACAUCACGUGACAUAACCUCGGACCGCUCAUAAUCUAGACUACAAUAACAAAUCACAUGAUCACAAUCACUACUAGGUAAUGGGCGCUCCGAGGCAUAGUCACGUGGUGUCCAAAUUUUUGUAUGAUUAAAUAUUAGAAUUUGUAUAAAAAUCACAACAGAUUAGAUCAUUCAUGUAUAAUAGGUUAGGGGAGCACGUGUAGUCUGUAGAAAGCUAUUUCAGGUACGAUAUACGUAAGUAUCAAGAUACGUUCAAACUUGCUCUUGGCGCUGUAGUUGUGAUACAAAUAUGUCCUAUGUUCUAGACUCCCUCAUACAAUGUUGCUCUUUUCGAUAUCCUCAGGCGCCGAUGACGAGGCCGGAUUCGCAACAGUUGGCAGAAUCCUUUGCACAGGCGUCGCAACCUGACAUGCGCAGGCGAUACUUCCGGCUCAAAGCAGUAAAGGGCAUUAUUAAGUUUUACGUUUUGCACAAACUUUAAUUCAUUCUUGCAUGUUACACUCUGGCCUCAACAUCCUGCAUGGAAAUACUCCUAUCAUGCGCAGACGCGAUGUGAAUUUGCAUGUCUGUGGCGACUUUUCUGCUUCAAUGGUAUAUGUUCUUCUAUAGGUGACGACGGAACCGAGGCGGGCGCCUUUAGGGUCGGUCCUGUGGAAUGUUUCGGGGCCUCCUCCACGGAUGUCAGCGAUACCUAACCGACCAUUCUUGAUCUAUUUCUCUCUUUCUUCGCAGCUGACGCUCUUUGCUAUUUUUGAGCUAAAAUUGAUUUGCUGAACUAGGUCUUAUUUCGUUCUCUUUAUGUGCUAUUAAUUUGGAAUUGAGAUUGUCCAGUUGACAGGGAACCUAGGGUUAUCAUAUGGAGUCUACUUCUUGCAGAGCGGAAAAGAUUGCAGUGUGCAAGACGAAAGACUCCAUAUGUUGUUGAAACAUGUUGUUUGUUGAUGUUAUUUUGUUGUGUUUAUAUUACUGUAAACUUUGUCGAUCUUAAUACAUUGAUGUUGCAAAGUGAAA